GUUUCGAUGCUCCCGGGUACAAUGAGCUUCCUAAAGAGUUUCCCGCCGCCGGGACAGGAUGAGGGGCUUCGGCAACAGCAGCCAGAUACAGAGGCUGUGCUGAACGGAAAGGGCCUCGGUAUCGGCACUCUUUACAUCGCGGAGAGCCGCCUGUCUUGGUUAGAUGGUUCUGGAUUAGGAUUCUCACUGGAAUACCCCACCAUUAGUUUACAUGCGGUGUCCAGGGACCUAAAUGCUUAUCCUCGAGAGCAUUUGUAUGUUAUGGUGAAUGCCAAAUUUGGAGAAGAAUCAAAAGAAUCUCUUGCUGAUGAAGAGGAGGAAGACAGUGAUGAUGAUGUUGAACCUAUUACUGAAUUUAGAUUUGUGCCUAGUGAUAAAUCAGCAUUGGAAGUGAUGUUCACUGCAAUGUGUGAAUGCCAGGCUUUGCAUCCAGAUCCUGAGGAUGAAGACUCAGAUGAUUAUGAUGGAGAAGAAUAUGAUGUGGAAGCACAUGAACAAGGGCAGGGGGAUAUUCCUACAUUUUAUACCUAUGAAGAAGGAUUAUCCCAUUUAACAGCAGAAGGGCAAGCUACACUGGAGAGAUUAGAAGGAAUGCUUUCUCAGUCUGUGAGCAGCCAGUAUAACAUGGCUGGGGUCCGGACGGAAGAUUCAGUAAGAGAUUAUGAAGAUGGCAUGGAGGUAGAUACCACACCAACAGUUGCUGGACAGUUUGAGGAUGGGGAUGUUGAUCACUGAAAAUGAUUUAUGCUGCUUAAAAGUUCUGCUUAUAACUAGGAGAGAACCUGGUGCCUCUUCCACUUUGGAGUGGGGUUGAUGAAAGUCUUUCCUUCUCCAAAACUCUUAAACUAGUUAUUUCUCAAGACAGACUAUACUGAGACAGCAAGUUGUCACCAGCAGAAGGAACUACAAACUUUAUUAACAAAGGUGAAAUAAUUCAUCCAAGGGGGUACUUGUAGUUUAUCAUUUACCCCAAAACUUUGUGUUAGGUACCCUAUGAGUAAGCCUAUAAUUCCUGCCUUUGCUGUAUGAAUCAUCUGUAUGGUAGCAGGCCUGUGGUAAACAUGCUCAGGAGCUUGGAGUGUGGGAAGAAAAGGCAAAUAUCUCAGAGGGAUCAGCCUUUGUUAUUCUCCACAGAGUCAAGAGUCUUUUACUGAUUUGGGGGCCAAAUUAAUUAAUUCAGGCCUCUGUAGUAGCCUCUUGGGAAAUAUCCUAGCUACAGAUCCUGCCACUGACAAGAGUGUUUCUAGCUACCUUCUGCUCCUUCUGCCCUCUUUUACCAGUCUACCCUGUAUAGCCUCUUAGGUUAAUAUCAUUUAGUUUCCACCCUCUUAGGUUAGUUUUCUGUAACAGAACAGUGAACUGAAAUGAAAGUCCCCCAAGUACGUCUAAUGAUAAUUGUUUUGUCUUUGUAAUAACAUAACAAAUAAAUCUACAU